UGGAUGUACAACUUCCACAGCGACAAAAGUGGUUUCUAUAAAUAGCACAAGAAACUCUUUUAACAUAAUGGAAAGCCACUACACUUGUAGGGCAACAGCGGUUUCCCAUUACUCUCUCCAAUAAAAAGGUUUAGAAAAUCAGAAGUCACGAGAUGGUCAGAGCAUAUUCACAAGAGCACACAUAUAAACACCCAUGGGAACGAGUCACUUCAGCAUCGUGGCGUAAGUUUGCUGAUCCCGAGAACAAGCGCACUCUAUCACAUAUUCUUGAGGUUGACACAUUGAACCACAAGCUCGAUGCCAGCUCAGGGAAGCUUUAUACUACUCGUGCCAUAACUAUCCAUGCACCAGGACCAUGGUUCAUCCGUAAAAUCAUUGGUCAAGACAUCUGCCACUGUGUAGAAUCAACUGUUGUUGAUGCCCAUUCUCGGUCAAUGCAACUUUCCACUCGAAACAUUAGUCUUGAGAAGUACAUAGAAGUGGAGGAGAAAAUUAGAUAUGACCCUCAUCCAGAUAAUCCAAAUUUAUGGACUGUCUGCAAGCAGGAAACGAGUAUUAGGAUUAAGCCCUUGUCAGCACUGGCUUCAAUGGCGGAGAAAAUAGAGCAGAAGUGUGUGGACAAGUUUCAGGCAAACAGUGCCAAGGGAAGAGAAGUAAUGGAACGGAUGUGCAAGUACCUUGAAGCUGAAUCUUCCAGAGGCAUUUCAGCAUGAUUUAGCAAUCUAACUUUGCAUUAGGUUUCAUUAGCGCUUGUAUCCGACCCCUCCUUUGAAGGUGAGCAGUGGGUUUUCGAUGAACACUUCUGGCUAUGAGUCAAAUGCAUGAGAGAAGUGAUGUUUUCCUGAAUUUGCAUUAUGAGAUUGUUAGAUGGGAAUUUUACUUUUAGGUACUUUACACAAGUUCUAACUCCAAGCAUCACAACUUCGUUAUA